CACUUAAUUUCCUCCUUAACUUCUAUUCCUAAGCUCACUUCAGUUAUUCUCCUCCUCACACCGCCGCAGCAUGGCCGAUUCCGCCGCCACGCCACUCAAAGUUAUUGCCGGAGCUGACUCCUUCGGCGCUGAGCUAAAAGACGCCAUGGUAGCCCACCUCCGCUCCCUCAACAUAGAAGUCGAAGACCUCGGAAUCACCUCCUACUACAACAUCGGCGCUGAAGUCGGCCGUCGUGUCUCUUCCGCCACAACCUCCCCCUCCGUGGAAACCCGCGGCUUCCUUGCUUGCGGAACCGGCGUCGGAGUGGGGAUCUUCGCCAACAAAUUCCCCGGUGUAUUCGCCACCACGUGUCUCACUACGGACGAUGCUCGCAACAAUCGCUCCAUCAACAACUGCAACGUUUUAGCACUAUCCGGCAUGGCAACGCCCGUCGACACCGCAAAGGAAAUCGUCGACACUUGGCUCAACACCCCCUUCAAAUCGCCGUGCCCGGCGUCUAAUUCUCAGCCUUGGUCUGAGGACAUCGCGAAAUUCUUCGAUGAAUCGAUGAAUGAAAUGCCUAAAAUCGGUGCUUCUGAGAAAACCGAAGCUGAAACCUGUGCUAUUUGCUGUUUGGUUAAGAACAGGGAGUUGAAUCCGAUCGACAUAAUCCCUGGUGGGUCAAUGAAGAUAUUGAGAGAAACUCCCACAUCGGCUAUUGUUAGAUUUAAGGCUGGGAGUGUUGAACCAGCCCAUCACCAUACUUUUGGGCAUUGUUUGGUGGUGAUGGAAGGGAAGAAAAGUGUUUGGAAUUUGAGUAAAAAGGAAAGAUACGAUCUGGAUGUUGGGGAUUACUUGUUCACUCCAGCUGGGGAUGUUCAUAGAGUGAAAUACUAUGAAGAUACUCAGUUUUUCAUCAAAUGGGAUGGGAAAUGGGAUAUGUUCUUUGAUGAAGAUCUUGAGACUGCUAAAGCUGCUAUUGACAAGGAUUUGGCUAAUGGCUCUGCUUGAGAGGAUGUUCAUCGAUGUAUGCAAUCUCUGUCUUGUGUCUCAUAGUGUUUAAAAUUCCAUGUUUUCAUGUAAAAAUUGUUGGCCAAAUGUGUCUGUGUUUUGUGUAAAAGAUGUGGGUUUUAUUGUGGUAUUUUAGCUGUGCUUGUGUUCGAGUAAUAAAUAUGGAGUCUCAUAGUUUUUAAAAUUCCAUGUUUUCCUGUAAAAUUGUUGGUCAAAUGUUUGUGUUUUGUGUAAAAGAUGUGGGUUUUAUUGUGG